AUGUUUUCAUCAAGAAGGAAAAGUCGUGAUCCAGCUGCUUCUAUUCAAAGUGGUUUUGGUAAUGGUGUUAAUUCCAAUGCACUGGCUGCUGCUUCGGCUAUUGGAAAUGCUUUGAAAACAGGUACACCAAUUCCAAGAUCAAAUAGUUUACAAAAAUCGUCAAGUUUCCAAAGAUCAUCAAGUCUUGUUGGAGGAAGACCAGUUUCAAGGUCAGGUAGUUUAUUAGGAUUACAAGGUCCACCUUCACAGUUCCAACAACAAAAUCAUGGUAAUCCACCUUCAAGAACUCAAUCUUUGACAUCAGGGUCUGUUUAUAAUCAAAAAUUGAAACAAAAAAGAUCAAGUCAAGUUCCUCAACAAUCUGGUCCAAGAAUGAUCAAAAAACAUAUCCCUGGUCCUUAUGGUCUAAUUACAGUAGAAGUACCAGCUGAAGAAGAAAAACCAAAAGGAAAACCUAAAAGACCAUCAUCAUUAACCAAAAAUUAUUCUGAUAGAGGAAGUUUAAGAUCAUAUCAAUCAAAUAAUUCACUAUAUACAAAUUCACAAAACAAAAGAGCAAUAAUAAAUGAGCCUUUAAGAGAAGCUGAUGAGGAAAUUGGUGAUGAUUUUGAACAAAAUGUUCCAUUACAUCCUUCUUCAAGUCAUGAUACUUAUGGAAAUGCUAGAUUUGAUUCAACACCACAAGCUCAACCAUUUGAACAACAAGUUCAACAACAACAAGAACAACAACCACAGAAUUUGACUUUUAUUCAAGAAGAAGAAGAAGUACAACCAGAAACUUUGGUAGCUGAUGACUUGAGUAAUUUGAAAUUAGAAAAGGAACAAGAUGAAUCAAAAAUUGAAAAAGACUUGAAUUCGGAACAAAGUGCUGCUCAAAAUUUGUUGAGUGCCAAAUUGGAGCCAGAAACUGAAGUUAGAUCUUCACCAGCCCCAAGUGAAAUCAGAGACAUCAAAGAAACAAUCACAACUACUGAACCUGAACUACAAACCUUUGAACAAUCUGGUGAUGAGCCACAUCAUUUUAUUGCAGUCCCAGUUGACACGCCAACUGAAAAUUCAGACAUUGAAAAUGAAGUCUUAGAUCAAUACACUGAUGUUGACCCACCAUCUACUGCAAAAUCAACUGAUACUAUCACACCAGCACAAUCAUCAUAUACUACAGCAGAUGAUAGUGACUUUGAUAUUCAAACUGAAAAGGACCCCCAUCAAGAUCCAAAUGUCCAUUCCAUGGCUCAACAAUUACGCCCAACUAUUCCAUCUCUAACAGUCAAUGGUAACCAAGAACAAGAUUCUAGUGAAUUCCCAGCUGCUAAUGGCUUGUCUCAAUCAAACUCCGUUGAUACCGCUGGCAGCUCUUUAUACUCAAAUGAGUUGAAUGACGAAGGUGUUUUGAAUUCUGAUAUUUCAGGUACUCCUGGCAAUGACUUACAAAUACCUGCAAGAUCAACAAAGAGAUCACCAAAUUCAAUUUCACCAAGAAAGUCAGCAUUGAAGAGCAAGUCUGGAUCUACAAUCAAUUUACAAGAUAAUAAUAACUCUUCAAGUCCUGCAAAUGCAGCUUAUUUGUCACUAACAACUGCAGAAAAUACAAGAUUAAAUGCUAUUUCUUCGUCAAAUUUACCGGCUACAAACUUAACAAGAUCAAAUUCAUCAAGACAAUCACUAAAACAAGAGCCUCCAUCUGGUAAUGGAUUUAAAGGUACAUUGAGAUCACAUCCUCCUCAACAACAAAAUCAACAACAAUUCAAUGGUCAAAGACAUUCUCAGUUCCCACAACCUCCACAGCAAAGACAACCUUUUAACCAGCAACGUCCACAACAAAAGGGUUCUAUCCCGGGACAUGCCCAAAAGCGUCCAAACUCAGUUGCAGUUCCACAAUCAAACACAUCUACUAAUAAGCAAUUUGGUAGACCUCAAGCUCCAGUCCAAGGCCAAAGACCACAAUCACAAGUUAUUGGAUCUCAAAAAAGUUUUAGAAACUCACAAAUUGCUCAUCAAAAUCAACAAAAUCAAGGGCCUUCUCAACAAAAAUUACAUUCAAACGCUGCUGCUUUGAAUGCUGCUAUGAAAAAAGCUGAACCUCCAAAGCCACCUCAAUUGAAUAGAACUUCAAGUUUCGAGAAAGAAAGACCACAAGAGCGUAAUGCAGCUUUCAAGAAAAGAUCCUUAAGAGAUCCAUCAAUCAACCAACAUGCCAAUGUUGAAUCUCAACUAGGAUUUUAUAGACAACAAGCAGCUCAACAACAACAACACACCCCAACUAAAACUCAACCUACACAUGCUCAAACACCACCUCAACAUCAUCAAUCAAAUGGAAAUGGAAAUGGAUUCAGUGGAUUCAAAUCAAGAUUCAAUGAUUCAGAUGAUGAUGAUGAUAUUGUUCCAACAUUGAGAAAUCCAAAACAAGGUAAAUCAAAUAAAUUGUCACACGAUUUUGCACCUCCUCCAAAUAAUCCAACAUUAAGAAAUACAAAGAGUCAAUUUACUUUGAGAAGUUCAAGUAAUAGUGCAGUUCAAGGUAACCCAUCGCCAGCCAAGUCUUUACCAGAAAAGAGAAAUACACGUUAUUUCAGUGAAGCUGAUAAAGAAGAAUUAUUUAAUGAACAUUUGAAAAAAGCAGAAGCUAACUUGGAAAAAGAAAAGAAGAAGAGUAAAUUUGGUGGAAAAUUAAAGAAAUUGUUUGGAAGAUCUUGA